AUUUACUUCUGAACUAGUUCACAAAAACUAUGAUUGAACAUAGUGCUAGCUCAUUUUCCAGAAACUAUGUGCGGCCGAACUUGCUUAACACUGGAUCCGGAUCAAGUGCUGUGCGCUUGUCAGUAUCCAAAAAACGAAAUCAAAACCGAUGACAGAAACGAGGAGACAAUGGAAUAUGCAAAGCCAGAAUGGCGCGCAGAAUUCAAUUUGGGUCGUAGUUAUCAGGCCUCCUACAAUAUAGCACCCACCGACAUAACACCUGUAAUUGUGUCAUCGGCGCACUUCACAGAUGGGGAAGAUCAAAAGGUCGGGCGCGUUGUGGUUCCCAUGAUGUGGGGUAUGAUACCAGCUUGGCAUAAAGGGGACUAUCGUAAGCAUGGACUCACUACCAAUAACUGUCGUCUGGAGAAUUUGAUGGAGUCAAAGCUCUAUCGCGGCCCCUUUAAGCGUGGUCAGCGGUGUGUGGUUAUCUGCGAGGGCUUCUAUGAGUGGCAGACAAGCAAGCCUGCCAAGCCAUCAGAGCGUGCGGCAUUCUUGGUCUAUGUGCCACAACAAGAGGAUGUCAAAAUACACGAUAAAAACACAUGGACGCCAGACAAUAUAAAGCUGCUGCGAAUGGCCGGAUUGUUUGACAUUUGGGAGGAUGAGAGUGGCGAUAAAAUGUACAGCUAUAGCAUCAUUACCUUUGAAUCCAGUAAAAUAAUGUCUUGGAUGCACUAUCGCAUGCCCGGUAUACUGGAAACUGAACAACAAAUGAAUGAUUGGCUGGACUUUGGGCGCGUAAGCGAUGUACAAGCUUUAGCUGCACUCCGUCCAGCAACAGCUCUCCAAUGGCAUCGUGUGUCUAAGUUGGUAAACAAUUCACGUAAUAAAAGCGUUGAAUGCAAUAAGCCCAUGGAGCUGGCUGCAAAGCCGGAGAAGCCAAAAGGCAUGUUGGCCUGGCUAACAGGACGUAAGCCCAACAAAGAGACACAGCUGCCUGGCACUGUGGGUACCCACAAGCGACAACGUUCACAUGAUGAAGAGAGCAACGAUAAGAAAAUCAAGUUGGAGCCUAAAGAAUGUCAAGAACCCAACACUUAAAGAAUUUACUCAUUGAAUUAGAAUAUGUAUAAAGUUUAUUUUUUUAGUCAUAACCAAACGUUUUUUGUUCGCAUUACCCAAUUACCCAAAAUAAGUAUGAAAAGUAGCGUUUAAUUUGAUUAAUUACAAAGGCUUAAUAUAUAGUACACAAUUAAUUGAUUUAAAUUUGUUCCAUUUAGUUAUUUUUUUUCUUUAUUUCAUAAAAUGUAAAGAGUGCAGUUUGUACGCUGUAUGACCUAAUUAACUAGUUAUUAAGCAUAAGAAUGUUUUGUGAAAAUAUUUGAAUGUAUGCGUUUAUUAGCUGCCAAUGUUAUAACAGCAACUACCGUAAAGCAGCGCAUUAAAGCUGAGCUUGUAGUUUCAUUUUACUUUAAUGGAAAACAAAAUUGAGCAAUAACUUACUUUUGUUAUUGGACUUGAACUACUUUAGCAGCAAACCAAAAUGCAAAGAGUAGCAAAAGCACAAAAUAAAAUAAAUUGGUGUCAAUGUUGCAGUGUGACGAAGAGAGCAAAUAUGCAGUCGGUAAAUAGAGCCCGAGAGCGCUCAGGGAUUUGCAUUUCUGUAUAUAUUCAUAUACAUACGUAUAUGAAUGUAUGUGGGUGUUUGUGCAAUUGCUUAUAAUUAAAAUGCAUGUGA